AUGUCUUUGGACACGGUGGACAAGCUGGUGGUGUUCUUGGCCAAGAGAGACGGAAUAGACAAGCUUGUGAAAACAUUCCAAUACGUGGCCAAACUCGCGUGCUGGCACGUUGAAGGCACACGACCCGACGCAGCCGAGAGGUUCAAGAAAUGGGAGGUCGCUUCCGGUCUCAGCCGCAAAGCCUUCAGGACUGGGAGGUCUCUAACGGGUUUCAAUGCCAUGAGACGAAACCCGGGGGCAACACCACUGAUCCGUUUCUUGGCGGUCCUAGCCAAUUCAGGAGAGAUGGUUUACUUCUUCUUCGAUCAUUUUCUUUGGUUAUCAAGAAUCGGUACACUAGACCCCAAGAUCGCCAAGAAAAUGAGUUUCAUCUCGGCUUUUGGUGAAUCUUUCGGUUACGUUUUCUUUAUCAUCAUCGACUGCAUUUUCAUAAGGCAGAGACUCAGAUCCUUGAGAAGACUCCGGAUCAAUGAUGAACCGAAAGAAGACACCAGCGUGAAAGUUAGCGAGAUUCAGGGAGAUAUAGUGAUGAGAUCAAUGGGAAUUUCAGCUAACAUUGCGGAUUUGAUUAUCGCAUUGGCGGAAAUUCAACCAAACCCGUUUUGUAACCACACGGUUACACUUGGUAUAAGCGGUUUAGUUUCGGCUUGGGCCGGUUGGUAUAGGAAUUGGCCAUCGUGAGAGAUACUUAUUAAGAUCCAAGGAACGUAUGCACAAACUUGUAAAACAUAUGCAAACUUCAAUUUUAUAUUUUCUUUUAGUUUUAACGGUCAAACUGAAACAAAACAAAAUUAAGGGUAUUGAUUAAAAAGUAUAAUUU